UGUUUUUUUCCCCUUCUAAUUCUAAGCAUCCGGCGGUUUGUUGUACGGUGGAUAUCUAGCCAAGUAAUAAACUACGGAUUAAGGACAGUUGUAUGGUGAUGGAGGGGGAACAAACUCAAGAGGACAGUACCCAACCCCAGCCCCCCGUGUCCUGCUCCAAGAAGCCAGACAAGUCCCUCUACCAGCCCAAGAAGAAGCAGGACGGCCCCAAAGAUAAGGCCCAAACCCAGGGAGACGGCAAACCAAAGCCCAGGCCUCGCUACACGGACAAGGCCCGAAAAAACGCCAAGAACAAGAAGGACAAAGGAGGGAAGACAGGAGGAGAGGGGAAUGGAGUCCUAAACGGUGAGGCCAAACUGGAGGAGAGGGUAGAAGGAGGAGGGGAGAAAGGGCCACAAAAUGAUGGACAGGCUGCUACAGCCAAUCAGGAAGGAGAUGGAGUUGUGGGCUCGCGACUGGAGGGAGGGAGCGAGAGUUCUCCUGAGAGAGAAGGGGGAUCCCGGGAGGGGAUAGAGGAAGGCCUUCAGGAAGAGGAAGAGGAGGAGGAGAGCUGGGACGCUCUCUUUGAUGACGAAGGAGAGUGUUUGGACCCCCAUGUGCUAGAGGAGCUGGCCAUAAAGCAGGGGAGGAAGAAGCGGCCGGUGCAGGAGGCCAGGUUUGACUACUACAGCUUGGAUCAGGAUGGAGAGGGGGACGGAGACACUGAGCUCAGAGAGGAUGAGCUGUCUAACAUCAUAGAAAUCUACGACUUCCCCACAGAGUUUAAGACUGAAGACCUGGUCAAAUCCUUCCAGGCCUACCAGCAGAGAGGCUUUGACAUCCAGUUUGUGGACGAUACACACGCCCUGGCUCUCUUCAACAGCCCCAUAGCAGCUCGGGAGGCUCUGAGGACCAAACAUCCUCUGUUGAAGGUCAGGUCUCUGGCUAAAGCCUCCGUCACCACCAGGGCAAAGGCUCGCAGCUGCUCAGACUACCUGCUCCCUACUAAGGAGCGUCCCCAGACCAGUGCAGUGUUGGCCCGCAGGCUGGUGAUGGGGGCGCUGGGUGUCAAGAGUCCCCAGAGCAAAGAGCACCGCGAAGCAGAGAAAAAAAAACUGCAAGAUGCCAGAGAGCAGAAGCGUCUGGCAGCUAAACAGAGAGACGACGCCUGGGAAGGGAAGGCCUGACGGAGAGGAAAGGAACCACUUACCACCCUCCAGCCCAUCCUCCCUUCACCGUACGGACUAGACACACCUCUGUUCCCUCUCCCCUCCUCACCUACCAUGGGGGCUACACAGCACCCCUCCCUCCCCCCUACGCAGGGCAGCUCUACUGAAGCCAAACUGGACCGAACAGGACUGAACUGAACUUGACUGAGCCAAAGCCCAGAGUGUGUUGCCAGAAGUUUUUAUCUUGAAACCUGGUCAGCUUUAGAUUCAUUAUCAUUACUAACAUUGAUAACAGGGUAAUAUGGACAGGUUUGGAUAAUAUGGACAGGUUUGGAUAAAUGGACAGGUUUGGAUAAUAUGGACAGGUUUGGAUAAUAUGGACAGGUUUGGAUAAUAUGGACAGGUUUGGAUAAAUGGACAGGUUUGGAUAAUAUGGAGGUUUGGGUAAUAAGGGAAGGUUUACCAGGGUCGUAUUCACUAGGAACCAAACGUUGGCCCUGUGUAAGGUGUAAUGAAAUCAUUGUCAACAACAACAACCAACGGAUGCCAGAUAGGAACUUGUGUUGUACUCUCCAGGGUUGUUGUCAAUUCCAUUUAGAUUCCAGUCAAUUCAGAAAGUAAAUCAAAUUCCAAUUCCACAUUUUCCUUAUUGAAAGGCAUUGAGGAGAAUUUGAAUUUCGGUGUACUUCCUGAAUUGACUGGAAUUAAAAUGGAAUUGAACCCAACCCUUAUACCCUAUUCUGUUUUUAUUUACUUUUUAUAUUGUUUUAUUACCAGCUGAUAGGGAGGAACUAAUUAUGACCUAUUUAUGUUACAUUUAUUAAUCUUAUAAAAAUAAUCUCAUUUAGGAAGUGUACCUUGAAUCUUCCUCCCUCAGUUUCUGCUAGCGCUAAAGCGAACUGUUUUUAGUUUAGGGGCAGUGUAUCAAGCGUCUCAGAGUAGGAGUGCUGAUCCAGGAUCAGGUCCCCACCAGUCCAUAUAAUCCUAUUCAUUAUGAUCUAAAAGGCCAAACUGAUCCUAGAUCAGCACUUCUACCCUGAGACGAAUGAGACAUUGAGGCCCAGCUAUCUAACUACUUAAUAAUGAUGAGAGAGGACCGAUACACCAAAUAACAUUAUGAUGAUGUCAGUUGCACCCUAACGUUUGUAAAAAUGUUUUUGUAAAAACAAUGUAUUUUAGUUUUCCUAUUAUAUUGUUCAGUGAACAGGGUUUGUCACUAUGUUUCUCUUAUUGGUGGUUUAAUAAAUCAUUUUUAAACUCUC